GGUUAAAAUCAAAACAAAUACAGUAAAUAGAAAGUGACCGAAGAAGAUAGACAUGGAAACACAUGCCUUUUUAAAACUUCAAAGAGAACUGAAAUCCUUACGUGAGCAAGCUAUCAAAGAUAGCGCAAAUCCAGAAGAAAUUGAUGAGACAUUUAGCCAAGUAUUUUCAGAACUAAGCGCAAAAACAGAGAGAAAUAGGACGCUUACCAUUUUUUUCGGAGUGACAUUAACAUUGAUCAGUUGUUUAGCUGUCGCUGUGCAAUUUCUAGUAACUUCCGUGUACGAUGAUCCAUGUUUAAUUUAUAUGCAUGCUUUGCCAGAGGAACUAAGUAGGCCUAUUGCAGACUGUUCUAUGUGUAAAGACUUGACUACCGUCCCUCGAUAUGAUUUUAUAACAAAAGAAGAGUUUGAGCUAAAACACGCCUACACCAGCCAACCAGCCGUUAUCGCCAAGGGUACAGAGAAUUGGACGGCAUCCAAAAACCUUACUUUUAGUUAUUUGAAAGAGCUCUAUUUAGCUACAGCUGACGUAGACAAUAUUCAGGGUGAUUGUGCCUUCUUUGGAUAUCGUACCGAUUUUGUCUCAUUGAAGCAUGCAUUUGAAAGUAUCACAACCGAAAUGGAAAAUGUGGAGCCGGGGUCACCAAACUGGUACAUCGGAUGGAGCAACUGUGAUGAAAACAUUAGCAGUGUCAUACACCAACUAUCCAGCAAACCAUAUUUUUUGCCGGAGAGGUCAAGGCAAUAUAACACCUGGAUAUUUGCUGGCAGUCCUGGGGUCGGUGCAGGAAUACACAUAGAUACUGUUGACUUGCCAUCAUGGCAGGCUCAGAUUUUGGGGCGCAAGACUUGGACCCUUACUCCACCUCCAGAAUGUGAACAUAUUUGUCAGACAAUUAAUGCCACAUUAAACCAAGGAGACAUUAUUGUGGUCAACACUAACCAAUGGUAUCACUCUACUACAAUCCAUGAGGGCAGUAUAAGCCUUAGCAUUGGGUCAGAAUAUGACUAAUCUUUUUGGCAACUAUUGCAUGAGCUUCAAUUUGAAUAUUUAAAAAAAUAGUGGCAGACGAGUUUAACUUUUUGUUAGUUUACAUAUGGCCUUUCACUGGUAGUCAGUAGGUAGUUUUCGCCGCACGACCUUAACGGAUGACGUCAUAAUUUAUUCAUCUUGUUUUGCGGAGUACGUUAAUUUCAGGAUUUUACGUGCUCAGCAUACAUUAGUUACGGGUUUGUUUAAAGUUAAGGUUAACGUCGUGCAGCGAAAACUACCUAUUACCAGCUUGUGUGAACAGUGGCGUAUUAAAGUCUUGAAAUGGAAGUGCUGGUGGUAGAGAGCAAAGGUGGAGUGUGGGCUGGAUGGUUAAGUGAGGGGUCGAUGGUUAAGUGAGGGGUCAAUAAUUAAGUGAGGGGUGUUAGAUUGCAAAAUACGAUGAUGAGGUUAUUUUUUACUACUUAAGCAUGAUUUUUGCUUCAGACAUUUUCAAUCAUGGAGACUGGGGGUGGAGUGGUGCAAGCCUUUAAUUUGCUAGAUUGGCUGGUAAUCAACUUAAGGAUUUUCAUAGUAAAAAUUGUGCAAAUGAAUUGUUUUGGUACAUGCCUAUUUGUAUUUGAUAAGUCCUAAAACAAAAAAAAAUAUUAUAUUGGCGUAACCCGACAGACCCUAAAAAAUUUGGCUGACCCUAGACAUUUUUAUUUAAAUUUCACGAUACAAGUUUAUGUGAGCAAAGUGGCUGUUAGGUCGGGCGUCACUCAUAGUGUUUCAAAAGUGGUCCAAGUGCAAAAAAUAUUACAAUAUGGGCUGUAAAGACUUAUUUAAUUGAUUUUAUUGAUUUCAGGGACUUUGCUGAAUAUUGUGGAAGUAAAAAAGAAAAAGAAAAAAAAACCCUACCUACCUACCCUAUUUUUGGGGGCCUGUUACGCCAACAUAACAUUUUUUUAUUUUAGGCCUAACUUUGAUCCUUCUAAGUGAUCUACUUUACUGUAAGACAGUACAGUAUACGGUAUAACUAUUUAUAAUUAUGUAUAUUAUUUUAGGUAAUGGACCUUUCUCGAGUGACAAUCAAACCAUAAAAUUAAUAAUCAGGGUAGGCCAUGGAAUAUGCACCAAUCCUCACAUGUCAUCUGAUGUUUUCAAAAUUGUUGUAUGGAGUCAUUUCAGCUCAAAUCAACCACCAUGCCCCUGUGACCCGCCUUGGAUUUUCCUUUAAAAAAAUUCUAAAAAUACCUUUCUAUGUCCAAAGAAAGAUUCCAAAAUUUCAGCAAUAAGUUAUGACCUUUUGAAGUUAGGUACCACGCCCCCUUUUUCCUUCCAGUAAUGGCUCAUUUGACCUUGGACAGUUUUUACGAAGCUAUAUCUUCUGGAAUAACGAAGAUAAAAAGUUGUGAAUUGCUACCAUGUUGCUUUAUAGUCUGAUAUUUGUCCCCUUUUUCAAGAAAUACCAUUCAAAUUUUGGUAGCUUAUGUUAUUACUUCUAGAAUGUUAGAUGCCCCCAAAAAUCCCCUAAAGCAUUGGGCAAACAUAGAUUUUUCGUAGGGCCGUAUCUUAUCAUUCUUUUAAGUAAGGAAGUUAAAAUUAAACAUAUGAUGAAUAUGCUCAUAUUACUAUAUAUAUAAAAAUAUGCAAGGUAAUUAGAGCAAUAAUGAAGGUAUGAUGGGGUCCCGAACAUGGUUGCAGAACCAGUGACCCUAAAAACACCCCCUACUUUGACCAACCGGAUGACCCUGUUGACACAUAAUAUUAACUGUGAAAUUUAUACCAGUGUACAGAUACACAUAUCAUCAUUGU